ACCCGGCGACCCCUCCUUUUCGAUUAAUCUCAAAAUUUUACACUUUCUCAGCUAAAACUUAACAACCCGACCCAGAUCAAACAAACCUCGAAACCACUCUCUCAAAAGGGGAUUUAUUUUAUCAAUUCAAUCUCACCCAUUCAUUUCAAACCCUAAUUUACACACAAUUACGGUAUGCAUAAUGGCUCACGCGCCGCCGACGAUGCCUCACCGGCGACCACUCUACCGGCAUCUUCAAUGCUCUGGGUCCGCAAUCUUCGCCGCUUCAUUGGAUCCGGCGCUGGUCUCGGUUCUGAAGCCUUAAUGGAGCUCGAAACUAAGAGAAUUUUGCUAGAUAUCUUUAAAGAGAAGCAACAGAAGAGUGCUGAAGCUAGCUCGAUACCAAGCUUCUAUAAAAAGAAACCUGAAGAUGGUUCUAUUAGUCACAGGGUCCAGAGGCUAGCAAAAUAUCGAUUUUUAAAGAAGCAAUCAGAUCUGUUGCUAAAUGCUGAUGAUUUGGAUGCUAUGUGGGUAUGUUUAAGAGAGAAUUGUGUUAUUGAUGAUGCCACUGGUGCUGAAAAGAUGAAUUAUGAAGACUUUUGCCACAUUGCCUCUGUAUGUACAGAACAGAUAGGCCCUAAAUGCCGACGGUUCUUUAGUCCUUCAAAUUUUAUGAAAUUUGAGAAGGAUGAGUCAGGAAGGAUUGCCAUACUCCCCUUCUAUCUCUACGUGAUGCGUACGGUCUCACUUACUCAGGCGAGGAUUGACAUGAGCGAGCUUGAUGAGGAUUCUGAUGGAUUUCUUCAACCACUUGAAAUGGAGGCCUACAUAAGAGGCCUUAUUCCUAAUUUGGCACAAUUGAGGGACAUGCCUGCUGCCUUUGUUCAGAUGUAUUGUCGCAUAGCUGCACAUAAAUUUUUCUUCUUCUGUGAUCCACAUAGACGAGGUAAGGCAUGCAUAAAGAAGGUUUUACUUAGCAACUGUCUUCAAGAAUUGAUGGAGCUGCAUCAGGAAACUGAGGAAGAAGUCACUGAUACUGAACAAGCAGAAAACUGGUUUUCAUUGACAUCUGCACAACGCAUAUGUGAUAUGUUCCUUGCCCUUGACAAAGAUAUGAAUGGGACAUUGGGCAAGCAAGAACUUCGAGAAUACGCAGAUGGAACUCUGACAGAUAUUUUCAUUGAGAGAGCUUUUGAUGAGCAUGUUCGCCGUGGAAAAACUGGAGGAGGUAAUGCUCGUGAGAUGGACUUUGAGAGCUUUCUUGAUUUUGUGUUGGCCCUAGAAAAUAAAGAUACCCCAGAGGGCUUGACAUAUCUAUUCCGGUGUCUCGAUCUUCAUGGAAGGGGCUUCCUUACUACUGCUGAUAUUCAUACGCUCUUCAGGGAUGUACAUCAAAAAUGGAUUGACGGAGGGAAUUAUGAGUUGUGCAUUGAAGAUGUACGGGAUGAGAUAUGGGAUAUGGUGAAGCCAAGUGACCCUUUAAGAAUCACAUUAGCAGAUUUAUUAUCUUGUAAACAGGGUGGUACAGUUGCCAGCAUGCUGAUAGAUGUCCGCGGUUUCUGGGCUCACGAUAACAGAGAGAAUCUUCUCCAAGAAGAGGAAGAGCCGGAGGAAGAAUAAUACUUUCAAUAAUAUAAGUGGGCUCACGAUAACAGAGAAUCUUCUCCAAGAACAGGAAGAGCCAGAGGAGGAAUAAUAGUUUCAAUGAUAUAAUUUGUGUUGUAUGGUUGCUCGUUAUAGCUUAAAUUUGUAAUAGAAAAGUACAAUUGACCUCUAGCUAAUAAAGUUUUCAGUUUGAUAAUAAUUCUGUAGUGUAUAGCCACACUGGAAGAUUGUGUAGAAGUACAAAAAAUUAAUCUCGGAUCUUUUAUAUUAAGAAAACAUGUGUAACAUUUUGCAUUCA